GGUCAGUGGCUGUGAUGAACCUUGUCCCUACGCCGAGCCCUGGGUCACUGAUCCAGCUAUGGAGAGAGCUGCAGAUCUGCAGAACACAGCCUCGUUAACUCUGAAGUUUAAGUUUAACCCAAAGCUGGGAAUUGAUAAUCCUGUCCUCUCCCUGGCCGAAGACCACAACCCCUCUGAUCCCUGGAGCCUGGAGCGGCCUCGCUUCUGUUUGCUGAGCAAAGAGGAGGGCAAGAGUUUUGGCUUCCACCUACGGCAGGAGCUGGGCAAGGCUGGUCAUGUGGUGUGCAGGGUGGACCCAGGCACCUCUGCCCAGCGCCAGGGUCUCCAGGAAGGAGACAGGAUCCUGGGGGUGAACAACAACGCUGUGGAACACGAGGACUAUGCGGUGGUGGUACGCCGCAUCCGGGCCAGCAGUCCUCGGGUGUUGCUGACAGUCUUGGCACGGCAUGUACAUGAUGUGGCCCGAGCUCAGCUGGGAGAAGAUGCCCACCUCUGUCCUACCCUAGGCCCAGGGGUCCGGCCCCGGCUGUGCCAUAUAGUGAAAGAUGAGGGUGGUUUUGGCUUCAGUGUCACCCAUGGCAAUCAGGGUUCUUUCUGGUUGGUGCUAAGUACUGGAGGAGCAGCUGAGAGGGCAGGGGUGCCCCCCGGGGCCCGGCUGCUGGAAGUCAAUGGGGUCAGUGUGGAGAAGUUCACUCACAACCAACUCACCAGGAAGCUUUGGCAGAGUGGACAGCAGGUGACCUUGCUGGUGGCAGGGCCAGAGGUGGAGGAACAGUGUCGCCAGCUGGGAAUGCCCCUGGCUGCACCCCUGGCAGAGGGCUGGGCACUGCCUACCAAGCCCCGAUGUCUGCACCUACAGAAAGGGCCCCGGGGUUUUGGGUUCCUGCUCCGGGAGGAAAAGGGCCUUGAUGGUCGCCCUGGACAGUUCCUGUGGGAUGUAGAUCCAGGACUGCCAGCUAAGAAGGCUGGGAUGCAGGCUGGGGACCGGCUGGUGGCUGUGGCUGGGGAGAGCGUGGAGGGACUGGGCCAUGAGGAGACAGUGUCCAGGAUCCAGGCGCAGGGCUCCUGUGUCUCCCUCAUUGUCGUCGAUCCCGAUGCCGACCGCUUCUUCAGCAUGGUUCGCCUAUCCCCACUCCUCUUCCUGGAGAACACAGAGGCUCCUGCCUCUCCCCAGGGCGGUGGCUCAGCCUCUCUGGUUGAGACAGAGGACCCUUCACUUGAAGACACAGAUGUGCCUUCUGUCCCUCUUGGCUCCCGCCAGUUCUCUCUGUACCCUGGGCCUGGUGGCGGCUAUGGCUUCCGACUCAGCUGUGUGGCCGGUGGGCCUCGACUCUUCAUCUCCCAGGUGACUCCAGGAGGCUCAGCUGCCCGGGCUGGGCUGCGAGUGGGAGACGUGAUCCUGGAAGUGAACGGGUACCCCGUUGGGGAACAGAAUGACCUGGAGAGGCUUCAGCAGCUGCCUGAGGCUGAGCCACCCCUCUGCCUGAAGCUGGCAGCCAGGUCUCCAUGGGGCUUGGAAGCCUGGAUUCCCCCUGGGGCUGUAGAGGACUGGGCUCUGGCCUCGGACCUGCUAUAGAGCAUCACUGCUUGGUACAGACAUACCAGGGGCUAUCCUGUCUUCACUCUGAAGCCCGAGGUGUUGGAGGCAGGAUGCUCUCUCUAAGCCAGACCGGAGGGACUCAGACAUCAUCCAUCACAGGCUGGCCCAGGCACUCCCUCCCUUCCCGCAGACCCACCUCCCAGCAGAGGGUAUGGCGGAAGGCCUCAGGCAGGCCCCUGAAGAAGUCUGAGGCUCCAGAAGAUGUCAUCUGGGAGCUUUGGAGAGCUGUGUCCCAAGGAUGAAGGUGUGGCUGUGGGGCUGGCUAGGAUUGAAACCACCUGGACCUUUUCUAGAUAUGACUCCACAACCCUUGAGUGUAAUACAAGAAUUUGGAGAACAGCUAUGCCUGCCCUCUGUGGGCACCUUAACACUGUGGAGGGUGGUGCCUGGGCACCGUUGUACUUGUUAGAGAAAUGGCCGUUCCCCAUAAAUCUGACUGCCUGUGUUUGUGUUGGUGGGGGUAAGGGGCAGUGGUCUGAAGGGACCCAAAGGGCCUCAGGCUCAAGGGGUAGGACCUGGCUUUUGCAGGAGACAGGUUGAGACCUGAUCAAAUUUCUUUCCUAUCACUCAGUCUCAGAUUAAUGGAUCAACCCAGAACUGAGAUGUCCCCAGGAGAGCCACUCCUAAAAAUAAAAAUAAUAAAAAAAAAAA